AGUGCAAAUUUGCCGCUUCAUCGGAUUUGGAAAUGGCUGCCAUUUCAAUUUGCUUUGCUCCGCAAGCUCUUGCACGGCCCAGAAUUCGAAACCCUAGAAGAAUACAGUCGCCCAAGAAGCUUCGAGGGAACGACAAGCUUGAUCGUAAUAGCGUUAAGAUAAGAACCAAUUCGAAGGAGUUAUCUUCCAUUGGCGUUGAAGCCACUACCUAUACUCGCCUCCCUCCCAGGGAAGACUUCGCUCUUCUUAGCUUUGAUUCCCCGUCUUUUGAUUCUACUUCUUCUUCUUCUUCGAAGGUUUCGUCCGAGGUGAAGCUUUUGGAUUCGGAUGUUGCGAUAAUUGAGGAGGAAAAUGAUUUGGAUUCUUUGAACUACGAAGAGAGGGAGGAAAAAGAGGAAGGAGGAUUGGAUGGGAAUUUGGGUUUUGGGAAUGGCUAUGGGAAGUUUGAAGUGUUUGAGGGGGAGUAUGACUCUGAAAUGGAGGAGUAUGGCGAUGAUAGUGAAGUGGAAGAGGAAGAGGAAGAGGAAGAGGAAGAGGAAGAGUUAGAUGAGGAAGGAGAGAAGGUUUUGGCAUUUAGGAAGGGGAGAUUUGUUGAUACUGAUGAAGUGGAAACCUAUUAUGAUGGUGCUUAUGAAGCUGGCGAAGAAGAUGUGAAGGAGAAGGGGCUGCCAGCAGUAAUGCGGUGCUUUGAUCGAGCGAAAAUCUAUGUGAAAGCUGGAGAUGGUGGCAAUGGCGUUGUGGCAUUUCGGCGCGAGAAGUAUGUGCCGCUGGGUGGCCCUUCAGGAGGAGAUGGAGGGAGAGGUGGGAAUGUGUAUGUUGAAGUUGAUGCGUCAAUGAAUUCGCUAUUACCAUUUCGAAAUGGUAUACAUUUUCGUGCAGGAAGGGGUAGUCAUGGGCAGGGGAGAAUGCAAAACGGGGCGAAGGGUGAGGAUGUGGUGGUGAAGGUGGCCCCUGGAACAGUGAUCAGAGACGCAUUUAGCCAGGAGAUUCUGUUGGAAUUGUUACAUCCGGGGCAGCGGGCUCUGUUGCUGCGCGGUGGACGAGGUGGAAGAGGCAAUGCAUCAUUCAAAUCCGGGUCAAAUAAGGUUCCGAAGAUUUCAGAGAAUGGAGAAGAGGGUUCAGAAAUGUGGUUGGAGUUGGAGCUAAAGCUUGUUGCAGACGUUGGAAUCGUCGGGGCACCAAAUGCAGGGAAAAGCACACUUUUGAGCGUGAUAAGUGCUGCCCAGCCAGCCAUAGCAAAUUACCCUUUUACUACCCUACUCCCAAACUUAGGUGUUGUUUCUUUUGACUAUGACUCAACUGUGGUGGUAGCAGAUCUUCCAGGAUUACUUGAAGGCGCACACGAGGGGUUUGGCUUAGGCCAUGAGUUUCUACGUCACACUGAAAGGUGUUCUGCACUGGUGCAUGUGGUCGAUGGGUCAGGACCACAACCUGAAUAUGAAUUUGAUGCUGUUCGUUUGGAGUUAGAGCUCUUUAGCCCCGAACUAGCUGAAAAGCCCUAUCUUGUUGCCUAUAACAAAAUGGAUCUUCCUGAAGCUUACGAAAACUGGCCAGCAUUCAAGGAAAAGCUUCAAGCUCGUGGGAUUGAAACUUUUUGUAUGAGUGCCGUACAAAGAGAGGGCACUCAUGAAGUCAUCAGUGCUGCAUAUCAGUUACUAAGGGAAACUAAAGAAGCCAGGGAAUUUCAAGGUGGGAAAAUACCAGAGAAUCUGGACCAUGUGGCAGAUAGAAUACACAAGCAACGUAGUGCUUCUAUUGAUGACUUUGAAAUUGUUCGUGAUAGCGGUUCCUGGCAUGUAGUUGGAUCUGGUUUACAACGAUUUGUUCAGAUGACAAAUUGGCGUUACAUGGAGUCCGAAAGAAGGUUCCAACAUGUCAUGGAGGCAUGUGGUGUCAACAAGUCUCUCAGAAAACUUGGCAUCAAGGAGGGUGACACGGUAUUUGUUGCAGAGAUGGAGAUGAUCUGGCAUGAUUCACCCAAUAGCUCUGGUCCAUCUAAUAUGAAGAAAAGAUCAGAUUCUGUGAAAUGGCCAGAGUGGAAGUAACUCGCCUUUGUUUGCUCACUGGUAGCUUGAUGCUGAUAACGGAAGGAUGAAUUUUCUCCAUGGACCAGAUGAACAGCCUUACACAUCCAGGAGAUCCGAAUGGAGCAGCACUAUUUUAUGGUAACCUUUGCACCCAACUCUCAAACGCUAAAUUAAAUGAGUAGAAAGGAGAUCGAAUAUUUCAUGAAAAUUGCGGUCGAGUCGAUCACGUACCAUAAAUAGACACAGCAUAGACUUCGUAAAGUUUAUGUCAAAUUAGAGUGUUGUUACAUAACUGUUGCAGUUGCAAGGUUCUAGGCUGUUUGAUAUAAAGUGCUGGUUAGAUUAUUCGUUGUGUAACCAUCAUAUUCUAUGUGUAAACUAUGUAGAAAUAAACACUGAUCUAUCAAUUUUCUCUCUUUUUUUUAUUUUUAUUUUGUGCAAGGCUUCAUAAUAGACAAUCUAAGAACAUAGGCACUCAAAUUAGAAAAUGAAUUAGUGUUUGUAUUGAAAGUUCAAUAACCCUUGUAUUAUUAUAACCUAUAUUGUUUCGUUUAUCUCUC